CCAAGCUCCCCUUCGUCUCCGCCCAACACGGACGUCCGACGUCUCGAACACGGUCGAUGUCGACGGGCCUCAGCAAUGGCCACUCGCCAGAUUCCCAGCCGGACAAACAUCCGCCGGCAGCGUCAGAACUGCCGCCGUGCAACCGGAAGCUGAAGCAGACGGAGGCGAAGAAGCCGGGUGUGUCUAAGAUCGUGGACUGGGAGAUACCCCGCAAGACGUUGCAUUCCUCCAUUGGAUUCCUCACGUUGUAUCUCUACGUGUCCAAUGGCUCAGCGCGCAACGUGGUCGUCGUGCUCACUGCCGGGUUGGCAAUCAUCGUUCCAUGCGACAUCCUCCGACUUCGAUCCGCGCAGUUCGAACGGGUCUACGAACGUGCUGUGGGCUUCCUCAUGCGUGAAAGUGAGAAGAAGAGCACAAACGGGGUGAUCUGGUACAUCCUCGGGGUCAUCUUUGCCCUCUCCGUGUACCCGCUUGAUAUCGCGGUGGUAUCUAUAUUGAUUCUCUCAUGGGCGGAUACCGCCGCUUCCACUUUUGGCCGCCUGUGGGGUUCGCGCACACCAUCGCUCCCUCGUCGCCUCCCCAUUCUCGGUCUCCCGCUCGCAACGCGCAAGUCGCUAGCGGGCUUCAUCGCCGCUGCCCUCACGGGGGCAUUCACUGCUAUUGGCUUCUGGGGAUGGGUUGUACCGACGUUCGGUACCGAAAGUAGGUAUCAUUGGAUAGGAAGGGCCACGGCGAAUCACGGGUCAUCAGAGAGUGUCGGUGGAUGGUUUGGGCUUGCCGUGCUCGGAGUUGUCAGUGGGCUUAUAUCUGGCGUGGCGGAGGCUCUUGACCUUGACUCAUUAGAUGACAAUCUUACUCUCCCUAUAAUUUCGGGUGGCUGCUUGUGGGGAUUCUUCAAACUGCUCGACCUCUUCACGUCGUGGUAGGAACUUAGCUUCGGGACUGGUACUUUGCUAGUGGAUGUAGUGUACCAUCACGCAGAUCUUCGUGUGUUCUCGAUUAAUGUUGCAUUGAUAGAUAUUUUUACAUUCUGGCCAGGCCUGCAUUGAUUCCGGUCGCGAGGCGGAUGUCGCAUAGCGCAAAUAGAAUGCAUAAGCUCAGAUGAUGUCGUGGUCAUUAAAUCCAGUUAAACAAUGUAUGGAAUGGGUAAAUGUCGAAUUAUAAGCGAAUGGUAUACAUGCACACGAGCGAACUGUCUCAUCUUAGGACGUGGAUGGCGCGCCACUG